UCCAGGUAUAAAGCUCCCUCCCUCUGCUAUUUCAGAUUCAUCAGCAUUAGCAGCUUAUGUGUAUGGAUCACAAAAUUGAUGAAAUUCUCGCUCAACUCCCAGUUGGGUACAAAUUUUUGCCAACAGAUGAAGAAUUGGUCAUUCAUUAUUUGAUGAACAAAUUGCUUAACAGACUUCUUCCUGCUAAUAUUGCUCCUGACAUUGAUGCUUCUGAGUUUUAUAGCAAGCCUCCUAACAGCCUCUCGGUAUCUUUUCCACUCUCCAUGGUGAGUCCCUCAUGCGGAGAAAGAGAGUGGUAUUUCUUUAUACAUGAACAUGAAGAUUUUCUUGGAAAAAGUAGAGAAAGAAUUAGAAUGGUUGGAGAUGGGACAGGGUUUUGGAGAUCAAGUGGGCUAGAAAAAUACAUACGAAACUCAGAUGGACGUGUCUUGGCCUUCAAGUCCCGAUUUUUCUACUUCUCAGGAAACGAUGCAAAUGCUAAGAAAACACACUGGAAGAUGGAUCAGUAUCGACUGCACAAUCAAUGUCCUGCACCAGAUCACAACUCCAAGGUCCGUGUUUGUAAUUACAGGUACAAAGUUUAUACUGUGCUUGUAAUUACAGGUCCUUUGUCCGUUGAACAGGUAACUGCUUAUAAUGAUGUCCGUUGA